AUGAUUUCUGAAAGUUUCUAGUUGUCUGACUAAAGCUAUCCUUAAAACCAUGAGGAAAGCUCUCAUUAAACAGAGUACCAUCUUCAAACAACAAGUUCAUAAGAUGAAGGAAUCUUUAAAUCUAAACAAUUUAGGUAAAGAAAAAAGACAAUCCAAUAUGGAUAAAAAGAUAGAAGCAGCGCCAUUUACAAAUAUAUUAAGGAAAAGCAAAAGUCUUUCCUUAAUUAUAAACCAAGGGCUUAAAUUUCUCAAUUUUCAGCUGAAGAAGACAGAAUUCUCAUUUUGCUUGUAAAAAAGUUAGGGCCCAAAUUCAAUAAGAUCACCCGGUAUUUUUCAGGAAAAACAGUCAAUAUGAUUAAAAACAGAUACUAUAAGUCACUACGCCAUAUUGAAUCUUCAGAAAUUCCAAAAGAACUGGAAGAAGAGUUACUUUCAAACAAAAAUGAAUCUAGAAUAAUUGGAAGAAAAAUACUUAACUUAUGGCCUUAACAUAAAUAAAUGAGCUCCGUAAUAGAAGGUAGUCCUCUAUUUCCUGAAGCUAAAGAAAUAUUACAUACUUUUUUAUCUUCAUUUUAGCAGUUAGUAAGCAAUUGCAAAAAAUGA